AUGCCGUCGAAUGCUUCUACGAAUAGCGGUCUCCCGCCCGCCGGCGACGGAGAUGUAUCAGGCCAGGAAAAGCAGAAGAUGCUUCUGUCUGCGGAAACAGGGCACUUCAGCAUGGUCAGGGCUUUGCAUCUUGCAGAUCUAGUAACUGAGCUUAACGUCAUGUCUGUGCUCUCGUCUAUGCGUUACUGUCUAGGAGACCCCCAUGACUACGGUGCUAUCUGGUCUGCGCUUGGAUUUAUGCCUUUCGGGCUUUUCUUCGAUUUUAUGGAUGGAAAGAUUGCAAGGUGGAGGAAGAAGUCAUCGCUCAUGGGGCAAGAGCUCGAUUCUUUGGCAGAUCUGAUUUCCUUUGGUAUGGCACCGGCCGCGGCAGCCUUCGCCCUCGGAGUCCGCACAAAUGUCGACCACCUCCUCCUAGCUUUUUUCGUCCUUUGUGGCCUGACACGGUUAGCCCGGUUCAACGUGACAGUUGCUGUACUUCCCAAGGACAAGACUGGAAAGUCGAAAUAUUUCGAGGGCACACCGAUUCCGACAACACUUUCCAUUGCGUCACUCAUGGCUUACUGGGUUUCUCAGGGAUGGGUUCAAGAAGACCUACCGCUGGGAGUUAUUGCGCAGGGCACAGCUUUUGAGUUUCACCCUGUGGCGCUGUUGUUUGUUCUACAUGGCUGUCUGAUGGUCAGCAAGUCUAUACAUAUUCCCAAACCCUGA